GGAAGUUCAUCCCUGGCGUGUAUAAAGACGCUUCCUGUGCUAAUUUUGUGAGAAACAUGUAUUGAAACAUUAAUGGCUUGACGGUAUAUAUAGAUACAAGACUCCAAUAAGCAGCAGCACAAGAUGAACUACGUACCAGGGACGGCAAGCCUCAUUGACGACAUCGAUAAGAAGCACCUGGUGCUCCUCCGAGAUGGAAGAACAUUGAUUGGUUACCUGAGAAGCAUUGAUCAGUUUGCCAAUUUAGUUUUUCACCAGACAGUUGAGCGCAUCCACGUGGGCAAAAAGUUUGGUGACAUCCCCAGAGGAAUAUUCAUCGUGAGAGGAGAAAAUGUGGUGCUGCUUGGAGAGAUAGACAUGGAUAAGCCCUGUGACACGGUGCUGCAGCAAGUCUCCAUUGAAGAGAUCUUAGAGGAGCAGCGGCUGCAGCAGCAAGCCAAACAGGAGACAGAGAAAGUCAAAAUGCAGGUCCUGAAGGACCGAGGCCUGUCCAUACCCAAAGCUGACAACCUAGAUGAAUACUAACGCAGCCUAGUUGCCGUGGGCCUCUUUCUCAGUUGGCAUUGGACUGAUAAGUUUGAAGUUGAACCUGAGAGCGCAUGGGAGCCUGACUUUUUGUUUUUAAGUGGGCAGGACACACCAUUAUACUUAGUCAAGCUACUGUGAUGUACUGUAUCGAUUUAAUUUGAGUUUUGUAAGGGGGGGUGGGGGGUGUCAAGUCAAGAAAGUUUAAAAAAAAAAAAAUCUUUUUUUUUCUCUGAAAUCACUAUGUUGACAAUUAAGAAUCAAUAGCACUUUGUAUUCUUUCAUCAUGUGGCAAAUGUUUAAAUAAUGUGGAA